UGGCUCGGCAGAGGGCAGCUGGUGCGCCGGGGCGGCUGAGCUCUCCGCGGCCGGAGCCUUUCUCUAGGCAGCUGGUCAUGGAUCCUCCGGUCAGCGGCGCGCAGGCGGUGGAUGAGUACCUGGAGUACCGGAGAAUUGUUGGUGAGGAUGAUGGAGGGAAACUUUUUACUCCUGAGGAAUAUGAAGAUUACAAAAGAAAAGUUUUACCUAUGCGCUUACAGAACAGAUUAUUUGUGAGCUGGCGAUCACCAACUGGCAUUGACUGUAAACUUGUGGGUCCAGAGACACUAUGUUUUUGUACACACAGGUAUAAGCAACAUAAAACUGACUUUGAAACGAUUCCACAGCAGCGCCCCAUUAGUUUGCCUUGCCGAGUGACUGGCUGCCAGUGCAGGGCUUACCUUUACGUCCCUAUGAAUGGCACGCAGCCCAUUCGCUGCAGGUGCAAGCACUUUGCUGAUCAGCACAGCGCUGCACCCGGAUCUAAAUGCAAUGCCUGCUCCAAGUGUUCAGGAUUCCACAGCUGCUUCACUUGUGGUUGUGGUCAGCCUGCAUAUGCCCAUGACACAGUCGUGGAAACUAAGCAGGAAAGACUGGCUCUAGGAAAACCAGUGGGACAAGACAUUCCUUAUGCAGCUAUGGGAGGAUUAACUGGCUUCAGCUCACUGGCAGAAGGCUACAUGCGGUUAGAUGAUAGUGGAGCUGGUGCACCUCCCGUUGAAUUUUUAGACUCUCCAGUUACAGCCAUGGACCACCCAUUUCUAAAAGCUUUUCAAGUACCCUCUAGUUCUUCUCCAGAAACACUAGCAGGUCAUGCCACCUUCCAGAUAUCAAGCUACAGAUGCUACCAUGACUCCACCCCUACUUCUUUAGUAGGUACAAGUAGUCAAGUUUCUUCCUUAAAGAGACCCGACGAAGAUGAUAUGGCUUUCUUUGAAAGAAGAUACCAGGAAAGGAUAAAAAUGGAAAAGGAUGCUAAACAAAAAGGAAAAUCACCAUUACCAUCAACUACAAAACGUUCAUGAAGAUUACUGGGAAAAUUAAAACCAUCACCCUAAUGUUUUAUGUUUAUUUACAUUUAAUAAUACAUUUAUUUUUUCUUAAGAUUAUUACUUCUUUUGAUAUGUAAAGUAUCUUUUGGGUAUUUCCUUAAUUUACUUUAGCAAAAAAUACCUUACAUUGCUUUUAUCACAAUUCAUGGUUUGUUACUUUGUAUAUACUUUUUUAUUCUUCCUAACAAAUGAGGCAAUUUUCCCGGAGCUAAAGCUUGAAAGUAUAGUGCAUAUUUUAGUCUAUUGUAAAUUAUUUUUUUCAGGCUACUAAAAAUAAGGUGUUAUUGAGAGGUUUGAACAAUAUAUAUGUGGAUCACUUCAUUCCCAAAAGUUCUUAACUUUUUGUUUUUCAGACUUUGUAAUAUGGUCUUAUGUUUUUAAAUAAAAACUUGUAUUUUAUAAUUGUA